CCCCGCUGCUCCGCGGUCACACACGCCGUGUUGUAAUGUAACGAUUUAGCUGUCAGAGCCUGAAUCCGCUGUCUGUCCGUUAAUGCAGUUUUUUAGCAGAUAAACACGCUGUUUGAUAACGCAGUAACGACCUGCUCGUGUUUGCCUCAGUGACACACCCCUCACGUGCACAGGAGGCCGUCAUGCACGCGCAGUCUCGUAACUACGGCAACCGAUGCGGCGAAAGAGACGACAUGGCGAACACACCGGUAUUUUGAAGCUGAAGAAAUCACCCCCACAACUGAUAGUAUGAGCAGACGGACGGGUAGAGGAGGGAGCCUCGUGCCUGACGGGGGUCUGUAGCCGACCCUGCAGGUGCAGGACGGUCCUGUCAUGUUGCAUGGCGGUGUACGACCCUCACAAGUGCUCAUACAAGCUAAUAAUGGAGAACUCAGAGACCGCUCCAUCACCGGGGCCCCUGGCAGUGCCAGACAGAGGCAUGCCGCGACCCUCAGCGCCCCCCGGUCAGCUUUCAGAGUCAGCCAGGCCCUCCAAGCACCGGGAGCACCCGUCCAAGUCACCAAGGAGACGUAGGAAGGGGACAAGGUCACAGCGACGGGGGGAUGGUCACGAACAGCUGCUGUGGGAGAUGGAGCGGCGGAGGUUGCCAGGCCAACACGAGCACUUGGAGCCCUCCAGCUCAGCGAGCGACACAGCAGAAAGCUCUCCUAAGAGGAGAGCACACUUUCUACAUGGACCGUAUCCAGCCACUCACUUCGGACCCAAAGCCUGCAUCCUUCCCAACCCAACUUCAGUCAUGCACAUCCAGGACCCAGCCAGCCAGCGCCUCACCUGGAAUAAACCACCUGUCAACGUGCUCGUCAUCAGGAAAAUCAGAGAUGAGAGCCUCGUCGAGCCUUUCAAAGAGCUCUGCAGGUUUCUAGUGGAGGAGAAGCAGAUGAUGGUGUACGUGGAGCGUCGGGUGGCAGAUGAUGCUACGCUGUUGAAGGACGAGGCGUUCGGCUCCAUCCGCAAUCAACUCUGCACCUUCAGAGAGGGUUAUGAUGAUAUCUCUGACUGCAUCGACCUGAUCAUCUGUCUGGGUGGAGACGGCACUCUGCUCUACGCCUCCUCUCUCUUCCAGGGCAGCGUCCCUCCGGUUAUGGCGUUUCACCUCGGCUCUCUUGGUUUCCUGACGCCCUUCAAAUUUGAAUCAUACAAGACCGAAGUGGCCAAAGUGUUUGAAGGAAAUGCAGCUAUCACUCUGCGCAGCCGUCUGAAGGUGAAGGUGGUGAAGGACAUGCUUCAGAGAACAGGCCAGCAGCCGUACAGCCGGGAGCCGCAGCCGCAGCAGCAGCAGCAGCAGCAGCAGGAACACAACGGCCUCCUUCCUCAUGGACACACCAACAGCGAGGCCGGCAAGGUCACGCUGCAGCUACAGGUGUUGAAUGAGGUGGUGGUGGACCGAGGCCCGUCCUCCUACCUGUCCAAUGUGGACCUGUACCUCGAUGGACGCCUCAUCACCUCGGUGCAGGGAGACGGUGUGAUUGUGUCCACACCCACAGGCAGCACAGCGUAUGCGGCCGCAGCAGGAGCCUCCAUGAUCCACCCCAACGUACCCGCCAUCAUGGUCACCCCCAUCUGCCCUCACUCUCUCUCCUUCAGGCCCAUCGUCGUCCCUGCCGGGGUCGAGCUCAUGAUCACCUUGUCCCCUGAUGCCAGGAACACCGCCUGGGUGUCGUUUGAUGGGCGGAAGAGACAGGAGAUUCAGCAUGGAGACUGCAUCAAGAUCACCACGUCUUGUUACCCAGUGCCCUCCAUCUGCUGCCACGACCUGGUGUACGACUGGUUCGAAAGCUUGGCUCAGUGUUUGCACUGGAACGUCCGCAAAAGGCAGGCGCGUCUUGCGGACGUCUCGGACUCAUCAGACACCGAAAACUAAAUCGUUGGGUAACUGCUCUACAUUAAAGUCGAUACUCUGAGACGGUGAGGGUGAUCAGAGUUGUUCUGAGAUCCUGCAAACAUUUUCAUCACAGAGACACAGAACUGUGAAGGUGAGAGCACGCGUCUCUGCAGCCAGAUUAGUGUUACAUUGGUUUAUUAGUAGCAUGUUUAAUGAGAAUUCUGUGUAAACAAUAUUUUAUACAUUUGAGAAAGCAUCUCAUGACAUUCCAGUAAAAAGCAAUCUGUAAAUAAAGCUAUGAGCAUUAAUGAAAGGGCCCUCGCACCCCCACGUUUGUCAGAGUACUGGUGAACUCCAGCUAAAGCGGUCAUUACUUUCUGUGAAAGUCGGAUAAUGCACGCAGAGAGUUUGGACCCUGGAGUGAGAUAUUUCACGUUAUGUAGUACUUCCAGUGCCCACUAGAAGGCUAGUAGGGCAAAUAAAUUCCACAUCAUCUUGGUGUACAUCAUUUGUAGAUCAAACCAUGAAAAUUAAUUAAUUAAUUUAUGAAUAUUAAAACAAAUAAUCUAUUUGAAAUGUUGAGUUUGAACCUUAUCCACGGCAGCUACGUUUUACAGGCCGCUUCCCAGAGAAGAGCCUGAAGUCCAACUUAAAACACAGUUGAAAUAUCUGAAGGUUUAGCUCAGUUGGUUAGAGGGCUUGCUUGCAGAUUAUAAGAUCAUUAGUUUCUACCUCACCCAGGACAGGUGAGUUUCACAAGCAGCUGUCCAAACCACAGCAGGAAAAAGAACGCCGAAAAUUGUCUAAAGGUGCUUUUCCGCUGCAUGAUACUGGCUCUACUUUACUCUACUUACUUUGUUUUGAUGUUUCAUUAUGAAAAAGUACCUGGUACCACAUCCUUAAGUACCUGCUCUCCUGGGGUUCCAAAAACAGUCGACAGGGUACUAAGACGUACUAAAAGAUGAGGUGAACACACUGCAGACCACUGAUUAGACAGAGGGAAACGUUACUGUGUCAUCAAUGCGUGGCACGCACGCAAUACCCUGAACA